AUGUUUGCCAUAGAUUUUAGUUUUUGUAAGUCAACAAUCUGUGUCAAUAUAAAGGAAAAUAUCAAAAAGGAAAAACUAAGACGUUCUAGUUACUGUAGUUUCUUUAAUCAAAGUUCAAAGGAUAUAUUAGAUGCCAGCACUCAAUGCAAUGUAGACAUCAACAAUAUAUAUGAAAGUGAAAUAAAAGAACUCGGCACAGUGCAAUUACCAUUUGAGAAGAAAAGUGCUCUUAAGAGACCGUUUGGGAUCUCUGUAGACAAUGAGGGUAAAGUAUACGUGGUAGGGAGGUUAUCUACCAAUGUAGUAGUCAUAUCUGCUGAUGGACAAUAUCACAAAGAAAUACUUACAGCCAGUGAUGGUCCUUCCCAUCCCUUGUCUUUGUACUAUAAUAGAGGUACCAAUCAGUUACUAGUGGCAAACAAUAACCAGAGAGCAAUGCUUUUUUCUUUAAUUUGA